GUACCAUACCAUAAGUCGAUAAGACCAGAACAUUUUGUGACUUGUGAGGUUGAGUUGAGAAUAAAAUGGAGCAACUGGAACUGAUCGAGUUUAACAUGGGCACAGGCACAAACGAAAAUGUCUUGAAGGUGCAAGUAGCUCCACAUAUUGCGGAGAGGUGUCGAAAUGAUCCGGCUUAUUCGCAAUCUUUAUUUAAUCAAAUAUGCAAGAAAAAAUUGGAUGGGGUGACAUCCAUAAAAGUAACUCCAGUACCAACAACUGGAAUAAAUCCGAGAAUACAAUUUUGGAAAGAUAAAGAUGUAAAUUGUUUUCUUAAAAUCUACAAAAAAUACCAUGUGAUGAACAAUUCUGGAAUCCACAACAAUAAUAAGAAAUGGUUAAUGAUAUCUGAGGAGUUGGCACAAAAGAAUAUACACAAAUCGCCAGAUAGAUGCAGACAGAAAUGGAAGAACCUUUUACGAUCUUAUAAAAAUGCAUUGAAACACAAGUUGAAAACGAAAUUCUCUCAUGUUCAGCAAAUAUCUAAUAUUAUUCACCAAGAUGGAGCCAAUAACCAUAUGCCUGAUGUCAUUUCAAGUGAUGACAAUAAUAGUGGGGAGGAUUGUAAAAGUAUUCAAGAAGCUGAAACACCUAACGAACGGGAUCUCGAUACAAGUUACACCUCUUGGUCGGGCGAAGAAACUUUAAGAUUGAUCGAGGUUUACAAAAAAAAUAAAUCUAUGUUUAACGAAAUACCAAAGAAAAUGGCUUGGAGAAUCGUGUCGUCGGAUCUUCAUGGUGAAGGAAUAAAAAAAGACGCCGACAAAUGCGAAAACAAGUGGAAGAAUCUAAUCCGAAGUUACAAGAGGAAUAAAACUUAUAAUAACAAUUCUAGGUUUUAUUUUUUUAACGAAAUGAAAGAGAUUUUAGAAGAAGAUGAGAGGUAUUUAGACCAGUCUGCGUCGCAAGUCGUUAAAGAAGAAACGAAAGAGGAAUAUGAAGAAGCUCAGGAGGGGGAAGAGGAGGAGGAGGAAAUGGAUGCACGGGAGAUUGAAAGUGAUGAAGACAUGGACAGUGUCGAAGAAAUCACGAUCGAUACCAACGCAGAACACAAUUAUUCCUGGUCUACAGACGAAAUCACACUAUUAAUCACCUCUUACGAUCAGAACAGGCUGAACAAAAAAAACUCGGACGCCUCUCGUUGGAAACUAGUAUCCGAAGACAUGGAACUAAACAAUUUCGAAAGAAACCCCGAAGAAUGCAAGAAAAUGUGCGAGGCUUUGCUAGAAGAAUACGAAAAGCAUAAAAACAGUGGAACGGAAAAUAAUUUUCCGUUUUUUAAAGAUAUAGAAAAGAUUUUGCGUAAGGAAAAAUUAGAAGUCGUUAAGCAUCACGAUUCGUGCAAGUGUUUCGAAAAGAGAGCGAUGGAUAAGGAAAGGAGGCAUGCAGAGAGAAUGCAAUGUUUGAAACGGAAACUGGAUAUAGAAGAUAGAAAAGUUACGGCUUUCGAGAAGUAUGUGCAACACUUGACUGAAACGUCAGCUUCAUCUUUGCAAUGGUGA